UCUCAUGUAACUGUGUCCGUAAAACUGAAAUCCAAAAAGUACAAACAGAAAUUUCUUCAUGUCAUAUACAGAAAAAUAUGCCGAAAGGCUAAGCUUGAUAGAAGAGCUUUUGUAGUCUUGUAGGUAACGUCAUAGUGAGAGAGAGAUAAAUCUAGAGAGAGAAAGUGGUGAAAACUUUUUGGCGGUAGAUUUCAAGGAAGAAGUUGAAGUGUCAAUUCGAAAUCGCUUUCCGCUGUAGCUAUCGAUUUUGAUUUUUUUUUUUUUAAUUUACUUUAAAUUUUAGUAGCUGACGAUUUUAGGGCUCGGCGAUCGUUUGGUGUACACAGUGCAACUUGGAGGUAUAAAAAUUACUGAAGUUGCUCACCAGAGUAGUUCACUUACGGCUAAGCUCCUUAGAUGGGUUCAUCGACUAUAAUUAAGGAACUUUGAACAGAUCGCGGGUGAUUACGACAGGCCAUGGAGGACAGUGGAAGCAUUACUGAAAAGGUCUUCUCAAAUGGAGAUUCUUAUGUGGGUAGUUUCAAGGGGAUUCUUCCUCAUGGAAAAGGCAAAUAUACUUGGUCAGAUGGAUCCGUUUAUGAUGGUUGUUGGGAAGAAGGAAAAAUGACUGGAGAAGGACGGUUUAUUUGGCCUUCUGGAGCUUCAUAUGAGGGUGAUUUCUCUGGAGGUUACCUCCAUGGUUUUGGAAUAUUUAACGGGUCUGAUGGCUCACUAUACAGAGGUGUUUGGAGAAUGAAUACCCAGCAUGGGAUAGGAAGAAAGCAGUAUCAGAAUUCUGAUGUUUAUGAUGGUUGUUGGAAAGAGGGAGUACGUGAAGGCAGCGGUCGAUAUGCAUGGAGUAAUGGAAACAUGUAUAUUGGGAACUGGAAAGAUGGAAAAAUGUGUGGUAGAGGUGUUAUGAAAUGGUUUGAUGGAGAUGUUUUUGAUGGAUUUUGGUUGAAUGGCUUAAGACAUGGGUCAGGCUGUUACCGAUUUGCAGAUGGAAGUUACUACUUUGGGGUGUGGACUAAAGGGCUAAAAGAUGGACUUGGAAUGUUUUAUCCUGCUGGAAGUAAGCAUCGGUUUCUGAGGAAGACCAGUGAUAGGCAUGAUGAUAAGAGGAAAAAGCAGCUCCCACAUGCUUCAUCAACUAUUUCAGAGUCUGUGAAACCUAAAGUGAAGCGUAGUAUUUCGGAGAGAUUCUUGCUUAAAGGUUCAGGGAGCAUAUCACUGAGGACUACAUCACAGGGAGAAGACGUUUCCCUUGAUGAUUCCAGCAGAGACAUGUUGGCCUGUGAUUCAUCAAGUGUAUUAUCUCAAAGCUCUCAUGAUGACAAAAGCGAUUUUCUGGAAACUGGUUCUGUGGCAUAUGAAAGAGAAUACACGCAAGGAGUCCUAAUCAAAGAAAGGAUUAUAAAUAUUAGUAGGCUAUCUCGCAAAAGUAAACAACGGAUUAAGUUUCACGCAAAAGAAGUAAAAAGGAGGUCAUGUGUGUACUUUCUAGAAGGCCGUAAGAGCUACUAUCUGAUGCUUAAUUUGCAACUUGGCAUCAGGUAUUCUGUUGGCAAGAUCACUCCUGUGCCUAUACGUGAAGUGAGACAAUCAGAUUUUGGAGAUCAAGCUAGAAUUAAGAUGUACUUUCCCAGGAAGGGUUCCCAAUUUACACCUUCACAUCAUUCCAUCGAUUUUUACUGGAAGGAUUAUUGCCCUAUGGUUUUCAGAUAUUUGAGAGAGUUGUUCAAGCUGGAUGCGGCAGAGUAUAUGAUGUCCAUCUGUGGUGAUGAUGGUCUGAGAGAGCUUUCGUCUCCUGGAAAGAGUGGCAGCCUUUUCUAUCUUUCUCGGGAUGAUAGAUUUGUGAUCAAGACUUUAAAGAAGUCUGAGCUCAAGGUUCUACUCAAGAUGCUUCCUGAUUACUAUAGGCAUGUAAAGGAACAUGACAACACACUCAUAACAAAAGUAUUUGGGCUGCAUAGGAUAUCAUUGAAACGUGGAAAAAAGGUACGCUUUGUAGUCAUGGGGAAUAUGUUUUGUACGGAAUUAAGAAUACAUCGCCGUUAUGAUUUGAAAGGUUCUUCUCAUGGGAGAUUUACAAAGAAAGAUCGUAUUGAUGAGACGACGACAUUAAAAGACCUCGAUUUGAAAUAUGAGUUUCAUAUGGACAAGUUAUUACGUGAGGCACUUUUCAAACAAUUAUCUUUGGACUGCAGAUUUUUAGAAUCUCAGAACAUUAUAGACUAUAGCCUUCUAUUGGGGUUACAUUUUAGAGCUCCUGAGAAUCUGAUAUCUCUUUUACAGCCACCUGAUUCUCUAGACAAUGUAGAAACUAAUCCUGAGCAUGAAGGUGGGAUAUCUCAGGGGGAGCUCUCAAUUCCACCAAGGGGUUUGAUUUUGGUAACUCAUGAACCCAGUUCUGUCAGCACUACACCAGGUCCUCAUAUAAGAGGAAGUACUCUUAGAGCCAUGUCCGUUGGUGACAAGGAGGUUGAUCUUCUUGUCCCGGGUACUGGAAGGUUAAGGGUACAAUUAGGUGUAAACAUGCCAGCCCAAGCAAACCAAAAGCUCAUGCAGGAUGAGACAGCUUCAGUACAAGUUGAGCUUUUUGAGGUAUAUGAUGUUGUUCUAUAUCUGGGAAUAAUUGAUAUACUGCAGGAAUACAACAUGAAAAAGAAAUUGGAGCAUACCUACAAAGCGUUGCAAUUUGAUCCUAUGUCGGUCUCUGUAAUUGAACCCAAGCUUUACUCGAAACGUUUCAUCAAUUUCUUGGAGAAAGUGUUCCCUGUUGAGCCAUGAAACUCUUUUAACUUGCAAAUAUUUCUUCUCUGUCCUGCUGAGGCCCUCUGGUUUCUUGGUUAGAGCUAGAUGGAAAACAAGCUUUUCAUGAUUAAUUGAAGAGCAAUUUUAUCACCACUCAAAAGUGUUUUAUUCCAUUCCACUUAAUGUACUACAUAGUUUUUUCUGUACAGUGGCACCUAACAGUUUUGUAGCUAAAAAAGUCUUUUCUGUUUUAAUUUUUCUUAAAGAUUUGAACUUUGCGUUUCAAAUCUCACAGUUUCGUUA